UUAGGGUCCUUCUAGUAGUAUUCUGUAUCUGUAGUGCAAGUGCAUGUCUUGUUAAUAUGGAUGAACUUGUGCUUUGAUCAAAGUUAGUCAAUAAAAUCCUUGCAGGCAGCAUGAGGCUCAACAAAUUUAUGAGUUAUGGUGCCCCACUCAUCAUCCUGGUGGUUGGUGGCUCUCUUGGCCUCAAGCAAUUCCAACAACUCAGCCCCUCCCCCGCCCCCCAGUUGGACAUCGACCGCUGGGAGAACAAGCGCGGGCCGCGCCCCUGGGAGGCCGACAACCCUCUGUACCAGGAGGCCGUGGCGCGCGCUCAGGCCAUCAAGGAGGGAACCAUCAAGACAACCUCCAUCGCCACAAGAUAACCUUCAUCACCACCACCAUCAACACUAGAUAACCUCCAUCGCCACCAGAUAACCUCUCCAUCAUCACCAUCAACACUAGAUAACCUCUAUCUACACUAGAUAACCUCUAUCUACACUAGAUAACCUCUAUCUACACUAGAUAACCUCUACGCUAGAUAACCUCUAUCACUACCAUCAACACUAGAUAACUUCUAUCUACACUAGAUAACCUCUACACUAGAUAACCUCUAUCACUACCAUCAACACUAGAUAACCUCUAUCUACACUAGAUAACCUCUACACUAGAUAACCUCUAUCAACACUAGAUAAAAUCUACCACCACCACCAACACUAGAUAACCUACAUCACCACUAGAUAUUUCUAGCAGGAUUUGACAGUAAUUUUUGAAGUUGCAGCACUCAUUCUGGAGUUAUAUAUGAUGUGCAUCAAGGCUUUACAAUUUUUCUGAAGCCCAAAAAUUUCAACGGCAACUGCCCUGUAUAUAUUGCAACUGCCCUGUAUAUAUAUUCAACUGUAUGUAUUGGCAACUGCCCUGUGUUUUACGUUGUAUAAAUGGUUUAGGAAACUAGCCAACUGUGUUUAUUUUAGUGGAACUUCCUACUAUAACUUGCUUUAGGAUUUUUUAUUAUGAUUGUUCCAUUGUGAUUUCAUUUGUUUUGUUGAUGGUACACAAUUAUGAUGCAU